AGAUGAGUUUAUAACGUAUUAAUGUAGCUAAAUAUCAUUACAAGUCUAAGCUGUUAUCUUCUAUAUGUAUAAAUACGAAAGAUUCAGAAGAAAACAAAAUACUUACAGAAUGCUUCUGACCACAAGGAUGUUUUGCUGUCUUUAAAAGGCCGCGAAAAAUGGCAAGGAAGAAAAAUGAAAAGGUGUGCAUAUGCAAGGACGUGCUUAUUGCUUCAGUUUGUUCAAUUUCUGACUAGCUCUUCCAUAUUUAUUUAAUUAAUACUUGGGUAAAAAAGACAAGCAAAACAGGAGUGAAAACACACAUGAUAAUGUUGUGCAAUACCAAAGGUACUAAGUGCAAAGUGGACACAUUUGUUUUUCCACCGAAAAGCAACAUUUAAUUAUUUUAUAAUCACAAGAAUUGAUAAUGGUGACUGGGCUACAGAAGUAAUAAUACAUACAAAAUGAAGCGUAGUGACUGCAACUGGACAGUGACACUAUAACAUAAAAAGGCUUAGCAAAAAGCAGAUUUCCACUGCAUGACCCAGCCAGACUGAAGCAGUGGCUAAAGAAUAUGGGCCGUGAGGAUUGGACCCCCUCACGGCACCAGCACCUCUGUCAUGAACACUUUACACCAGCUUGCUUUACCCUGCGUUGGGGAAUCCGUUACCUUGCCAAUGAUGCUAUCCCUACUAUCUUCCAGCUCUCUGAAAAUACAGAGAAAAGGAAAGGAGCUGAUAGACCUGAGAGAAAUCCAAAGCGACAGCGGAACUGCAACAGAAAGCCUGUUGUAACUGUGCCAGCAGCGGAGACGCCAAUCAGUGAUACUAUGAGCCAGGACAGGGAUGCCAGCACAUUGCAACUGUACGCCAUCACUGUUGACCCAUCCCAGCCUGGGCAAUCUGUUCUGCUAGACACAAGCAACAUUGGGCACACUGUAGGCUCUGUACACACUGCCGUGCCCCUGCCAGUGGUGGAUGGCCAUGGUGGGCCCAUCGAUGAGGUCCCAGUAACACUAUUCCAGACAGUGGAUGAUCUCUGUGAGGCUGGCGAGGAAGAGCAUGCGGAGGUUGUGGUGGUGUCAGAGAGUCCAACUGUAGACAAGGAGGAGGAGGUGGAAGGGCUCAUAAGCACUAUCCUGACAGAGCGGCAGGAUGUAGUCAUAAAUGAUGGUCUUUGCCAGGCAGUUCCAGCACCUUCCUCUUUGACUGUUGAAAACGUGGCACUGGAAAUGGUCGAGCACUCUGCUGCUCAAGAUGAGCGAGGUGUCCAGAUCAUUGCCUAUUUCGAGACCAUACCCAAUGUUCUGCCCACGGCCUCCAAUGCCCAGCCUAGCCUCCCGCCAGACACGGUGCUGUCAUCCGCUCUCAGCUCUAAGCCCAUUGUUUCUACACUUCCUAUUGUGUCUAAACACCUUCCCCCUUCCCCUGGCUCACUGGUCCUCACUCUUGAAAGACUAGAAAGUGUUGAGAGGGAGGGGGAGAGGGAGGCACAGGAAGAGGACAGCACAGAACUGCAAGAAAAACAGCUGGAAGAGCACCGCUACCACAAGAACAGCCUGAGCAAAGAGCAGCUAGAAGCCAUCGUGAUUGAGCUGCAGAAAAAGGUUAAGGUGCUGCAGCAGAGGCAUCGCCGGCACCUAGAUAAACUGCUUGGUCUGGAAAGUACGGUCAGCCAGCUGAGGCACAGCAACUUGAUCAAUGAGGAGAGGCUUCGUCUGCUGGAAAGGGCGUAUAUACAGACCAGUGCUGCUGUGUCAGAUGCAGGGGAGACUGUGGCCAUCAUCUGCGAGGAGGAGAACACAACCUACCUCUACGCUCUUCCAAAGAGUGAGGUGGAGGUGGAACUGAAUCAGGAAUGAGGGGCCACUACUGUUUGUUCCUUUGGUGGUUCACCAUCUUUAGCCCUCAAUUUGAGUUAUCCUCAGCCCAUUGGUGUGAAGGGUAAUAACCAUCUUGGUACUGGCAACCCACCUCAAGAUGAAACCAAUGAGAUCUGGCCUAGUUGUCACCUUGCUGGGUCAGUUAUGAGGGAAAGAAGAUAAAUUCUUGGAGAUAUGGAACCAACUCAGAACAAAAACUGGCAGUGUCAAAUUGUAACUCAGAUGUUUCAUUGUUGAUUAUGGUUAAAAUGGAUAUCAAAUGUUAAAAUGGAUUUUUAAGGCUCUGUCCAAGGUGGCACCACAAGACCAUUUUCAACAUAUCCUCCUGGAUUAGUAGCUUUCCUCUGUGUGAAAUAUGCAAUGGCCAAAAGUCUGAUGAAUGUCAUCAUUUUCUCCAUUUUUAUUUCAUUUUUGUUGUGUGCUUCCUUUCCCCUGACUGCUGCCACCUAAGGGUAUAGUCAAGUAGGUGAUGUGGACAAAUCUGAGUAACUGAGACAGGGUUGUAAACACUGGGAAUUUUUGUCUUAUGCAUAUUUAAAAUGUACUUUGAAAUUGUGGCGAUGCAAUAGAAGUAAAGUCUUGAUUUGUUUUUA